AGGUUUCGCUACGACCCCAAAAGGGAGCGCACCGCUCUCUCUUCCUGCGAAACGGUUGGUGCCUUAGCAACCAAACCUAGCAACUGGGCAGAGUCUAGUGCUGCGGAGCUCAGCUGAAGAAGGGUCUUGGAAACCUUGCACUCCCACACAUCGCGCAGUUUCCAGCCUCCUAGGCUAGGGAACGGUCCCCUUCCUUGUCUGGGGCUCUGGAACCAUCUCAUUCUGGUGAAAAUAAGAGGCAGCCUAGGACCAGAAGCCUUUCGCGGAGAAAAGGGUGACAUGCCCAUCCUGUAUGACAGAUUGCUGAAGCUAAAGGAGAUAUUUAAUUCUAAGUUUGGAUCCAUUCCCAAGUUUUAUGUUCGAGCACCAGGAAGGGUCAACAUAAUAGGAGAACAUAUAGAUUACUGUGGAUAUUCUGUUCUUCCUAUGGCUGUAGAACAAGAUAUGUUAAUAGCUGUGGAACCUGUAAAAACACACACUCUCCAACUGGCCAAUACAAAUCCCUUGUACCCGGACUUCAGUACUGGCACUAACAACAUUCAGAUUGACAAAACCAAGCCUCUGUGGCACAACUAUUUCCUAUGUGGAUUUAAAGGAAUUCAGGAACACUUUGGUCUUAGUGACCUGGCGGGGAUGAAUUGCCUGGUGGAUGGGACCAUCCCUCCAAGUUCUGGCCUCUCCAGCUCCAGUGCGUUGGUCUGUUGUGCUGGCUUAGUGACACUCACAGUUCUGGGAAUGAACCUAUCCAAGGUGGAACUUGCGGAAAUCUGCGCCAAGAGUGAGCGGUAUAUUGGCACCGAAGGAGGAGGGAUGGACCAGUCCAUAUCAUUUCUUGCAGAAGAAGGAACUGCCAAGUUGAUAGAAUUUAGCCCUCUGAGGGCAACUGAUGUGAAACUCCCCAGUGGAGCAGUGUUUGUGAUUGCCAACAGUUGUGUGGAAAUGAAUAAGGCAGCAACCUCCCAUUUCAACAUCAGGGUGAUGGAGUGUCGGCUGGCUGCAAAGCUCCUGGCUAAGUACAACAGCUUGCAAUGGGAUAAAGUGCUGCGGCUGGAGGAGGUGCAGACCAACCUGGGGGUCAGUCUGGAAGAAAUGCUGUUGAUUAUAGAGGAUGCUCUUCACCCUGAACCCUAUAGCCCCGAGGAGGUCUGCAGGUGUCUGGGAAUCAGCCUGCAGGAGCUUCAGACCCAAAUUCUGAGUCCAAACACUCAGGAUGUGCUCAUCUUCAAACUGUACCAGCGGGCCAAGCACGUGUACAGCGAGGCUGCGCGAGUGCUCCAGUUUAAGAAGAUCUGUGAGGAAGCACCUGACAACAUGGUCCAGCUGCUGGGGGAGCUGAUGAACCAGAGCCACGAGAGCUGCCGGGACAUGUACGAGUGUAGCUGCCCUGAGCUGGACCAGCUGGUGGACAUCUGUCGGAAGUUUGGAGCUCAAGGGUCACGACUCACAGGAGCAGGAUGGGGCGGCUGCACAGUCUCAUUGGUACCUGCUGACAAGCUGCCCAGCUUCCUAGCAAAUGUGCAGGAAGCCUAUUACCAGAGUGGUGAUCGGUGCCUGGCACCCGAGAGGCAGAGUUUGUUUGCUACCAAACCUGGAGGCGGGGCCUUGGUUUUCCUUGAGGCCUAAACAAUGUAAAAAAAUCUCAGAGAAACUAUUUAGGGCAUUUAGGAACUGGCAGGACUUCUCAUGCCACAGUAAAUUAAUCCUUUCUGUUUGGUAUUAUGAUGAACGGUUGCUAUUACCAAGAUGUGUUUCUAAAGAAAUGGUUGCAAGCUCUCUAAGCUUCAUAACGAUUAUUUUUCCAUUUUAAAAUAUGUUUUCUACCAAUGGGAGUCAAAAUUAUGGUUGGACAGAUCCCUUAAGUAUGAUUUACUAGGAUUUAUUGACUGUAAGAUUUUUAAAGAUGAAUUGUAAAAGACAAUCCCAACCUCAUGGAUUGGACUAGAAUUAAACAUACUGCUACAGUUAAACUGAAA